AUGCAAAGGUUGAACCAGCAACACGAUCUUCUUGUCCGCUUGUGCCAUGGCAAUCUCAUUCACCCGGAUAUCCCGCAACCUCAGAUAUCGCGUGUUGCGGACAUAGGCACUGGCACUGGAUGCUGGCUACAAGAUGCAGUAUCCGUCUUAGCCCAGACAACUGCAGACGCCAGUAUGGUGUCGAUUGGGGUUGACAUAUCCAACGCCCACUUCCCUUUGGACAAGCAUUCAAACAUAGAAUUUAUAACGCAUGAUAUUCUGCAGCCUUUUCCCGAAGAAUUUCAUGGGCGAUUCGAUCUGGUGCAUGUGCGACUUCUUGUCCUUGCUCUCAAACGCGAAGAGAUACCCACAGCGGCCAAGAACGCGGCAAUUCUGUUGAAAAAGGGAGGAUAUCUUCAAUGGGAGGAGAUUGAGCCCUCGAGAUUGGCAUUCUCCCACGCGACUCCGGCUAUCACCUCUGUAAGGGCUGCCAUGCGUGCCAACUCGAUCGCCAAUGGUCUUGCCAGCACGCCAUCUAGAGAUAUCACUGCAGCUCUGGAAGAGCUGUCUUUUGGUAUCAUCAAGGUAGAGGACUAUAGCAGCGAAGGUCGAGAUGAAUUUACAAUCGCAGCCAAGGAAUGGACCAAAGCAGGUGCAAAGGCUGUUCUGCAUCGCGCAUUGAGGAGGUCCGAAGGCGCAAGCGGUGAUGCGACCAAGGCGGACGAAUUAUUGGGCGAUUAUGUUAGAGACAUUGAUGGAGGUGUGGUGCCAACUAUUCCUUUUGUUAUGGUUCUUGGUCAGAAGGUUUAA